GAAGCAGACGAACUUGCCCUCCGCCUAGGCUUUUGGUCUAUAGGAGAUAAAUUGGCUCAGUUUCAUAGUGCGAUGGCGUCAAAAUUUCGAGUGUACGAGACCUUCCGAUUCACCGAGGUUGCUGUUCGCGUACUUCGCCAUGCAGGCACCGUGACCAGCAUCGUGCUCUUCCUGUUCGCCAAGGACCUGGUGAUUAAGCAGGCCGAACGGGGCAACUACCAUAAGCUGAUCACCAAGCUGGAGUUCCCGAUGCGCAUGGUGCCAAACUUCGCAGUCAACAGGGGCUUCGGUGCCAUCAACCGGGAGCUCAUAUCGCAGCUCAUCUGCUGCAAUUUUCCCCUGGACCUGCAGCUGUUUCUUUGCCGCCAUUCGAGAGGCGAGCACGUCCACAUCAUUUUCUCGCAGAACGAAACGGAGUACUGGGACCGGCUGGCCAAGUCUUGUCCGAAUAUUUGUGAGCACAGCGAACGGCAUAUAGCCCAGUCCGAUGACUGCUACUUCGACCGAUUCCUGCCCCCGCAAGUGAUCUCCGACAACAAUUGGGAUCUCGUCGUCAUGGGCAUCACGGGACUGGUCCUUUUGGCCGUGACCAUAUUCUUCGACGCCAAGUUCCCGUCCAAGACCAAGUCCCACGAACUCAUGUCGAGGGAAGAACUGCGCCUGAAGCGCGCUCAGGUCCACUUGUUGGACCCGACGGUAAUCGAAGAGCGCGACCGCGUCGAAGACCUUGUGCAGGCCAUGGUCCACGGUGAAGAGGACGGUCUUCUCGGCCUUCUGGUCCACAAGCUGGGCAAGACCUACGGCGAUACGAAUAUCAUCAACCAGCUCAGCUUCACCGUGCAACCCGGCGAGAUUUUCGGGGUGCUGGGUCUUCAGCAGUCGGGCAGAAGCACCGUACUGGGCAUCCUUGCCGGAGACCGCGAACUGGGUCGAGGCAACGCCUACAUCGAGGGUUGGGGCAUCAGAAGGAACCCCAAGCAGUACUUGAAGCGCGUCGGGUACUGCCCCGAAGAGGACCCACUCAUCCUCAAGCUGACAGGGCGGGAAAUGCUCAAUCUGAUUGGCCGCUUGCGAGGCAUUUCCGGCAACACGCUGAAUAAAGAAGUCCAGUACGUUCUACACCAGGUGGGGCUUCUGAGGCACGCCAAACGCUUGACCAUGGAUUUCGGAUCCGGCAGCAGGCGCAAACUGGCCCUAGCCAUGAGUCUCGUAGGCGACCCCGCGGUGGUGAUUCUGGACGAGUGCACCUCGGGCGUGGACCCCAUCUCCAGGGGGAGGCUGUUCCGUGCCAUCACUCGCAUCCAGAUGACCAGCGGCAUGGCCGUGCUCUUCACCUCCCACUGCAUGCGCGAGUGCGACCAGCUGUGCACGCGCGUGGGCAUCCUGACCAGCGGCGAGUUCACGCGCGUGGGCGACACGGUGGCGCUGAAGCAGGGAGCCACCCAGGGCUGCACCAUCAUGGUCAAGCUGACCGUGGAGCAGAGCGCCCAGGACGGCUUCAUCACCGAACUCAACAGGGGCGUCAAGCGGGAGUUCCCCAACUCCGUCAUCGGCGAGAAGCGGGAGGACCAGAUGCGGUACCGUCUGAAGCCGAACGCGGAGCACCCGCUGGUCUGGAGCGAAGUGAUCCAGAAGCUGCACCUCUUGCACGAAGAACUCAAGUUCGAGGACUUCCUGGUGAACGACGUGUCCCUGGGAGAGGUCUUCAUUGGAUUCGCCCGGGAGAGGAAGAUGGUCGAUUUCGGACAGAACGAGAUCAGAUACUUCGACAAGGACGCUCCCGUCUAG